AUGAUGCUAAUUUUUGUCAAGAUUACAAGUUUUCUUGAAAGAUAUAUCAUGGUUAGAAAAUUUAAAAGUGAAUUGGUAAGAAUUUCCUCUGAAUCGUUGCCACCUCAAUUAAGAAUUGAAGUUGAAAAACAAAUAAUUACUGAUGUAGCUCAUUGUAUGGAAUUGGUUAGAAAGAUUGAAAAUGCUAAUAUCAGCAUUUAUGAUAAAUCAUUAUACACUGGUAAAUCAGUUCAAAAUCAAUUUACAACUUAUAAUGCCAAUAAUGAUGAUUAUGAAUCACCCUAUAAAACUCCAAAAAUUAAAUCAAAUCCUUCUUUAGAUUCAUCUGGUUCAUCUCAUUAUUCUUUUAUAAAAGCUAUUAAAUAA